AGACGGGGGUCGCUCGCUCGGCUCUCGGAAUAAACACCGCCGUUGUCGCUCUCUCUCUCUCGCAGCCCUCUGUGACUGUCCAUCUUUAUUCUUAGCGCUUCGCUCCGCCUCCUACCUGUAAAUCUCCCCGCUGUCCUCGGGAGCGGACCUGACAGCUCAGCCGCAGCUGCGAGCCGCGCUGCGGGGACCGAAUGGAGGCGGCGACAUCAGCCCGAGCGCAGCGCCUUUACGCAGACCUGACAGCGGGGAACCGUGCAGUCUCCUGCCCUGACAGAGCGAGGAAGCCCGUCGGGAUGAGAAGCGCCUGAGAUUCGUCAUUAUUGCGGAUUUGGAUGCGUCUCUUCCAGCCAUGGCCACCGAGCCCAUGAUAUUUUCACCAGGUUGGUAGUGUCUCCCUCUGUCACCAAUAAACAAUUCACAGGCGUGUGAAAUAUACAAAGAGACUCCACCGGGGUGGGUGAUCAUAAUCUACAGCAAAGAAGGGGAUUUUUUUUUUUUUUUGCUGUUUUUUUUUUGUUCUUUUCAAGCAAAAUGGCUGGUGAGUGGGGCUGGGGACGCUGGCACAGGCUCUCCAAGGCUCCUAAAUGCUAGCCGAGGCGGAUGGCACGGUUCCCCAUGGAAGCGACAGCUCUAUGAGGACAAGCAGCAUCAAUACCAAGACAAACCCGGACUCUUCGAUCCUAAUAUCCAAGAUGGAAAACGUCGUCAUCCCCUUCUCGUCCGAGGUGCCAUGCGACAAUAAUGGGCAGCGCAUGUGGUGGGCAUUCCUCGCCUCCUCCAUGGUGACGUUUUUCGGGGGUCUCUUCAUCAUCCUGUUGUGGAGGACCCUCAAAUAUCUGUGGACUGUUUGCUGCCACUGCAACAUUAAAACCAAGGAAGCUCAGAAGGUGAACAAUCCGGCCAACAAUCAGGCAGCAGACAGGCCACCAAAGGGAGCUGAUGAGAAGGAAGAAGUUCCAGCCAGUGAGGUGGGAUGGAUGACUUCAGUCAAAGAUUGGGCCGGUGUCAUGAUCUCCGCUCAGACGCUCACGGGAAGAGUUCUGGUGGUGCUAGUGUUUGCACUCAGCAUCGGGGCCCUUGGAAUAUACUUCAUAGACUCCUCUGAUCCUAUAGAGUCCUGCCAGAACUUCUACAAAGAUUUCACAUUACAGAUCGAUAUGGCCUUCAACGUCUUCUUCCUUCUUUAUUUUGGCCUGCGGUUUAUAGCAGCCAAUGACAAGCUGUGGUUCUGGCUGGAGGUCAACUCUGUGGUCGACUUCUUCACCGUCCCUCCUGUGUUCGUUUCCGUCUACUUGAACAGAAGCUGGCUUGGUUUAAGAUUUCUAAGAGCACUGAGACUGAUCCAAUUCUCAGAAAUCCUACAGUUCUUAAAUAUCUUAAAAACAAGCAAUUCCAUCAAGCUAGUGAAUUUGUGCUCCAUCUUCAUUAGCACUUGGCUCACAGCUGCCGGUUUCAUACAUUUGGUGGAGAACUCAGGAGAUCCAUGGGAAAACUUCCAGAAUUCCCAGUCACUAUCCUAUUGGGAAUGUGUGUACCUGCUGAUGGUGACGAUGUCCACAGUGGGCUACGGGGAUGUCUAUGCAAAAACCACGUUGGGACGACUCUUUAUGGUCUUCUUCAUCCUCGGUGGUUUGGCCAUGUUUGCCAGCUACGUCCCUGAAAUCAUAGAGUUAAUAGGAAACCGCAAGAAAUAUGGUGGUUCCUAUAGUGCGGUUAAUGGGAGAAAGCACAUUGUGGUCUGUGGUCAUAUUACCCUCGAAAGUGUCUCCAACUUCCUCAAAGACUUCCUACACAAGGACAGGGAUGAUGUCAAUGUAGAAAUUGUUUUUCUCCAUAAUAUUUCCCCUAAUCUUGAGCUGGAAGCCUUGUUCAAACGUCAUUUUACCCAAGUAGAGUUCUACCAGGGUUCUGUUCUCAACCCUCAUGAUCUGGCGCGAGUGAAGAUCGAGUCAGCGGAUGCCUGCUUAAUUCUAGCCAACAAAUAUUGUCCAGAUCCUGAUGCUGAAGAUGCCUCCAAUAUCAUGAGGGUUAUUUCAAUCAAGAACUACCAUCCCAAGAUCAGAAUCAUCACGCAGAUGCUACAAUAUCACAAUAAGGCCCAUCUGCUGAACAUUCCGAGCUGGAACUGGAAGGAAGGUGAUGAUGCUAUCUGCCUGGCAGAGCUGAAGGCAGGUUUCAUUGCCCAAAGCUGUCUGGCGCAGGGCCUGUCGACCAUGCUAGCCAACCUUUUCUCCAUGAGGUCCUUCAUUGAGAUUGAGGAGGACACAUGGCAAAAGUAUUACCUUGAAGGAGUGGCUAAUGAGAUGUACACAGAGUAUUUGUCCAGUGCCUUUGUAGGCCUCUCCUUUCCCACUGUCUGCGAGCUGUGCUAUGUGAAGCUGAAGCUGUUGCUUAUUGCAAUUGAAUACAAGUCUGAGCAGAGAGAGAGCAGCAUCCUCAUAAAUCCGGGCAACCACGUCAAGAUGCAGGAGGGAACACUGGGAUUCUUUAUCGCUAGUGAUGCCAAAGAAGUUAAGAGAGCAUUUUUCUACUGCAAAGCUUGUCAUGAUGACAUCACGGACCCCAAACGGAUUAAGAAAUGCGCCUGCAAACGACUAUUGGAUGAAGUUAAACCGUCCUUACAAAAGCGAUCAGUUAAAACCACCGGCUGCAUCUCCACCUCCAUCUCCUCAAAUGCAUUCCUCAUUCCCAAAGCCCCGCAUCCCAGACAGGAACCCCUGGUCAGGCGGGGCACAGCCAACACCACCAUUGUUAAUAUCCAUAGAGGAAGCCUCCUCCCUGCGGGGCCGGGGCCCAGAGCUGAGCCUUCACACAUGCACCUCGGCAUCUCAGGUCCAGGAGGUGUGGUGCCCAGAUCCCUGGCAGAGAGUCGACUGAACCGGGCCCACAGUCUGCCGGUGAAAUACCGCUACCAACCCAGUAAUGCCAUGCUGCUCAGUCACAGUAGGCACUUUGAAGAUGAGCAUCCAUCAACUCUCUCGCCCAAAAAAAAGCAGCGCAACGGAGGGAUGCGAAACUCGCCUAACUGUUCACCCAAAAUGAUGAGUCGGCACGACCCCCUUCUGAUCCCUGGGAACGAACAGAUCGAGAACAUGGACAUGAACGUGAAGAGGUAUGACUCGACAGGGAUGUUCCACUGGUGCCCUUCCAAAGACAUCGAGAAAGUCAUCCUGACCCGCAGUGAAGCCUCCAUGACGGUUCUGAGCGGUCAUGUAGUGGUCUGUAUAUUUGGAGAUGUCACGUCCGCAUUAGUGGGGCUGCGAAACUUGGUGAUGCCUUUAAGAGCAAGCAACUUCCAUUACCAUGAACUAAAGCCUAUAGUGUUCGUGGGCUCGCUGGAUUACCUGCGGCGAGAGUGGGAAACGCUUCACAACUUUCCCAAAGUCUCAAUCUUACCUGGUACACCAUUAAGCCGGGCAGAUUUAAGGGCUGUCAACAUCAACCUCUGCGACAUGUGCGUAAUACUGUCAGCCAAUCAGAACAAUAUCGAAGAUACCUCACUGCAGGAUAAAGAAUGCAUCUUGGCAUCGCUCAACAUCAAAUCUAUGCAGUUUGAUGACAGCAUUGGGGUCUUACAGGCUAAUUCCCAAGGUUUCACACCUCCUGGAAUGGACAGGUCAUCUCCAGACAGCAGUCCAGUACAUGGCUUUGUGCGUCAGGCUUCUGUGACCACCGGCUCCAACAUCCCCAUCAUCACAGAGCUAGCUAAACCUGGCAAACUACUGCCGUUGGUUUCACACAGUCAGGAAAAAAAAAGUGGAACCAACAUACAAAUGAUAACAGAGCUGGUGAACGACUCAAACGUUCAGUUCCUGGACCAAGAUGACGACGAUGACCCAGACACGGAGCUGUAUCUCACUCAGCCCUUCGCCUGUGGCACAGCCUUUGCCGUCAGUGUACUCGACUCCCUGAUGAGCGCGACAUACUUCAAUGACAACAUCCUCACUCUGAUCCGAACACUAGUCACGGGGGGAGCCACACCAGAGCUGGAGGGCCUGUUGGCUGAGGAGAACGCUCUCAGAGGAGGCUACAGCACACCACAGACACUGGCCAACAGAGACAGGUGUCGUGUUGCCCAACUAGCCCUCUACGACGGGCCAUUUGCUGACUUGGGGGACGGCGGCUGCUACGGGGAUUUAUUCUGCAAAGCUCUGAAGACAUACAACAUGUUGUGUUUCGGGAUCUACAGAUUAAGGGACGCGCAUCUCGGUACACCAAGCCAAUGCACAAAACGAUAUGUGAUCACAAACCCCCCGUACGAGUUUGAGCUGGUGCCCACAGACCUGAUCUUCUGCCUCAUGCAGUUCGACCAUAACGCUGGUCAGUCGAGGACGAGUUUAUCCCAUUCUUCCCACUCCUCCCAUUCCUCCAGCAAAAAGAGCUCCUCCGUGCACUCCGUCCCCGCCUCCAACCGGCAGAACCGCAGCAGUAAGACGAGGGAGGCCCGUGACAAACAGAAUGCAACAAGGAUGAAUAGAAUGGGCCAAGAAAAGAAAUGGUUUACAGAUGAACCAGAAAAUGCCUACCCAAGGAACAUUCAGAUCAAGCCCAUGAGCACUCACAUGGCCAACCAAGUCAACCAAUACAAGUCCACUAGUAGCCUGAUUCCACCAAUCAGAGAAGUUGAAGAUGAAUGCUGAACACCGGCUUUUCCUGCUGACUCACCAGACAUCUAUACGCUCUUCCUACAGAGACGGGCAGAGAUCAGUGGAGAAGUGUUGAUGAUACCGAUGAGGAUGUUAAAGACUGACAUAAAUCUCUUCACUCAUUCUUCUAAUCAAAGGUUGGACAGGAUCCCAGGCUGGAAGGGACCUCCCUUGUGCAUAUCUUUAAUGUUACUUCCAUGCUUUGGACAUUGUUUAAUUGAUCAAUGUAUCCAUUGAGAUGUACAUAAUGACAAUCAAAUAAGGAUUGUACAGCCCCUUCCCCCCUAGCACUUUUUAAAAUUAUUUUAAGAGUUGGGGGAAAAAAAAAAAAGAGUACUUCCUGUUAUUCUUUGCAAUAGUUCACUUCUUCAUGUGACCAGACUCAACGGACGAUGCGGCUGGUUUUUGGAGGAUGAGGUUUGCAGCGAUAAACUGAUCAUAUCAUCUCCCAAAGAUUUCUUCAGAUGCAUCACAUCAAACCAGCUGGGUUCACUGACUUCAUAUCACCUGUCUGCUUCUGUUCUAUUUGCACUAAAACUGAACAAGUUUCUUUUGACAGAGCAACUGGAAAUACCGCCCCCCCCAAUAAAAUGUCUCUGAUGAAGUGACAGAAGGCCAGAAGGAGGGAAAGAAGGAAGGAAUGGCCGUUUUGCUUCAGAGGCAUACUAAUCCUGUUCCUGGUUUGCUCUAAACCAUGUUAUUGCUCAAGGUUUGCGACUUCACCUUGACAUAUCAAGCUGAGUGAGAGCAUCCUUACCUUGCAGAAAAAAACCCACCUUGCUGAUCUCAAAAACCCAGACAAUGGUGCAGUGUGGGUGUACGAUGGCGGAAAGAGAAGUCUGUACGUAUAUUUCUUCUGCUGAUUUGUCAGAUACUACGGCUGUGUUUCAAGCUCGCAUGAGACGUGCCUGACCCCCUUUAUAACACUACCGGCGUGGUUGAUUAGCCUGUACGCACAGGAAGGGUGAAGGAGAAAAACAAAACAUGUCCGGACCUUCGUGCAUUCAAGGAAUCUUUAUGUGUACACGCUUUGUGCGCAAGUGUGUGCAACUCAGCCACUUGUUCCUCUGGUGUUGUGCUUCUCACUGUCCUCCCCCCUAUUGGUUUAUAUGUAAAAAUGCAGCUUGGAGGGAGCAGCAUGCAGGAUCUUAGCUCUAAAAAAAAGAGUCAUGGUAGAAACUUAUAGUAGUAAAAAUUUAAAGAUUUGGAUCUACAAAGAAUGACAUUGCAUUAAAAUAGAACCAAAAUCUCCAACUAUGUUUGAGCAACACGAGCAGCAGCUUUUUUUGCCUGCCUUGAAUAUCUGCAGCAGAAUGGGAUCACAAAAGAAAGUGUUUUAUUUUCAGAAUGUUUUGUGUUUUACAACCAAUUCACGAUUGACGAAGGGAAUGCCACAUAUUGCUUAAAGUGGGCAUAAAUGGGUCCUCCUUUGAUCGGAGUAACUGCCUGGCACAGGGUUGGCACAGAGGCAGUAAAGAGCUUGGAUGUUCUCUGCUGCCAAUCCAGAUGUCACACGCCUCAAAACUCUCAGGAGUUAAGCUGCUGCAUUCGCUCCUCUAACAUGAGGAAAUGCUCAAACAUAGUUGGCGGUAACGCAGUAAUGUCACUGACUGCUAUCAAGGACAGCGGGAAUUUUUGUGUUCUUUAUGCAAACCUGAGCGCAACAUGAGAGCAUGUUCUGCGCAUGUUGUGACAGUCGUAGAUCCAAAUCUAGCUCUUAAGGGUGAUCCACUAAACUUCAUACAAAUGUGUUUUUGGAUUUAUAUGUUAAAACAUUAUUUUUUACUCAUAAACAUAAUCAAUUUGUACUUAUUUUUCUAGUCAAAAAACUGAGAGGAAAGUACUUUAUGAGAUAAAAACUUAGUAUGUUUAAUGGCAACCACAUUACAAAUGAUCUCUGUUUGAAUAUAUCACUAUUUAUUUCACACAUUGUAAAGCAAAUUAUUAUUUUUCUAUUCCCUAGACCCCUUAAAUCAAUCUUUAUCACUCUGGAGCCACUAAAGCUUACGCUAGCUUGCAUUGUAAAGCCCCCGUGUUCGGCCUGGCAGCUCAGCUUUGUUGAGUGCUUGUGGGAGUGAAUUCAGGCUCAUCUGAAGCCACCUUUAGCUGUACAUUAACAGUGUCCACUAAAUAAUGUCUAGACUGCUAAGCAGCCCUAGCUGACGUCAUCUAUAUGGGAGAGGUAGAUGUAGAGGAAUAAUGUGGGGGGUUGUUGGGUAAAUGUAUUUAAGUGGGGAGCACAUUAGAGAGAUAAUAAUGACAGGAAAAAUAUGACAUCACUUCCACUGUGGGCAGGCCAGAACUGAAUGACCUUCAUUAGACGUGUUUGACCUAAAUUAGGUCCCAGGUGUGGAUGAAGGUUGUGUGUACCCCACACCACACUGUGUUGGCGUUUUUCACGAAGAUUAAAAAGUAAAUAAAUUCAUACGUGACAGGGAGGUGCUGUCCGUCGAUUGCAGAACUCCUCAUCUAUGGACUGUAAAGACAAAGUCGUUCUAGAAUAAAAAAUGAUUUUGGAACAUGAAAAAAAAAAAGAUAUUGUGCUGAAUAUGUUUGUGUAAACUUUAACCCAUGAUAUAGACCACAUUUCUUUCUCAAACAAAAUGAUCUGAGCUUCAAUGUCCGUCUAUUGGGUGUGGUGCAACUAUACUGAAGCUUCAUACGCAUUGUCCUGAAGUGAACUUUUGAACUGUGAUUACAUCAUUGUCACAUUGUAGCCAAUAGAUUUCUUUUCAGACAAUAUGUGAGUAAAAUGUUUGUAUAAUUGGGUCGUUAUCGGCAUACUUACUAGCCUGAAUGAUAAGGAAUUAUUAAUAUUUGAUAAUGACAACGAGUCGUCAUACACAUAAUCGACAAACUGAUUGUUAUGUUGACAAAAAAAAAAAAGAAGACAAAUGUUUAUCUCAAAAAUUAAAUCUCUCAGAUUCUUGUAGGAAUGGGGAGACUGUUCAAGUGCUGUAUGUGACAGAGAAAAGUCAGAUCUGGUUGAACAGCCGUCACUAAGAUAGAAGGUAGCACCAAUUCAGCAACUGUUAUCAAAAGCGAGAACAUCCUUAGUUUUCCUGUGUUUAUUACCUUGUGUUGUUACAGGGUUUACAUUCCAUUUUGGCAUUAUCUGUCACACUCUCACGACUGCUUCUUAUUUGUUUACAGUGCACACAACACAGCAUUGGUCAGAAAUAAAACGGUACAUGCUGCAAAUUAGCGAAACACACAAAGUAAUGCACCAUUUCUUUUAAUUAUACUUGAUCAGUGUGCUUUUUGUACCUGGACACUCAUUGUGUAAAUCAUUCAUGCUGGCAUUAUUCACAGCACUGGACUGAGAUGUCUCUCCUUUAUACGACACCUUUUCAAAAGUCUGUUAGUUUUUGGGUCUUUGCAUUGUAUACCUCUUAAGUUUUUAGUGUUUUGUUGUUGUUUUUUUUGAAGUGCCAUGAAGCGUUUAGUUCUGCAAGCAUCCUUCAGUCAUUCAGAGCCACAGGCUCACUUCAGGGGAGCCAAGUCCGAGUGUUUUUUUUAUUUUUUAUUUUCCACUGUGAGAACAGUGUCUUGUACUGACAUGGAGAACAUCCAAGCCAUCAAUGCCUCCAUGCCAGUACAGUGCCAGGCAGUGAAGGAGGUCAAGAGGAGGGCCCAUAUUAAGACCCACUACAGCGAGAAGUGGCAUUCAGGCCUGCGCGGCUGCUGGGGUUUGUCGGAUGCAAUCCCCAGUUCAAAUUACAACUAUUGUUUCUGCAGUGUGCUUGGUUACAGGUUACUAGGUUGUGUCUGGAGUGUGGUGAGACAUGGAUGACUGAAAGAUGCACAGAGGCUCAUGCCAUGUUACUUUGACACUGGAUGAGUAAAAAAUGAUGAUGCAUUAUAUGUUAAUGUUGCAUAAUUUUUUGUUAAUUUUUUUUUGCUGUAAAAGAUGGAUACAAUAAUGUAUUCACUGGGAAUUGUACUAGAUAUACUAUAUAUCACUUACAGGGACUGGAGGUGGGUCUCAAGUCUUAAUAAUACAUACAAAUUGCAUUCAGCAAUCUUGACUCAGAAGAUUUGCUUUUUUUCUUCUUUUGCCUGCCUAUCAGUUCAGGAAGAUUUCAGGAUAUUGCUCUUGCGUAUCAUAGACUGGAUUUGUUGGCAUAUCGUCCUUGCAGCAUACAGGAGUUUGACAUAGCAUUCUAAUUAGUUUGGAUGUGUUCUAGAUAUGAUGGGUAAAUGGAUUAUUUGAUGGUGCUGAGUUGAUCUACCUGACUCUGUCAAAUAUAAUCUGCUGAUAAAUAUACUGUCUUGUACAAAAAGUUUGUACAUAAAUUGUACAUGGUUUCUUUUUGUAUUUUUCUCAAAUUAAA